CCUUUGGAGUUUGAUAUGAUGUGAUUACAGAAUCCCAGAGUGACACGUCGCCAAAUUCACUAUAAUCAAGGUCUGACUCUUCCGGGUGGUCAUCUCACAAAUUGCUCAGUGAGCACCCGUAAUUAAGCUGAUUUAUUGCUGAUAAUCACUCACAAUGGAAACCAAUCAAAAAUCCGGGGAUGGACUGACGGGCACUCAGAAAGAAGCAGCCCUGCGCUCAUUGAUCCAGCGCACAGGAUAUAAUUUGGUUCAGGAAAAUGGUCAAAGAAAAUACGGCGGCCCGCCCCCAGACUGGGAUGGCCGUCCACCUGAGAGAGGGAGUGAAAUUUUCGUGGGGAAGUUGCCUCGGGAUCUCUUCGAGGAUGAGCUGGUGCCACUCUGUGAAAAAUUUGGAAAAAUCUAUGAGGUGCGAAUGAUGAUGGACUUCAAUGGAAAUAAUCGUGGUUAUGCAUUUGUAACUUUCUCCAAUAAACAAGAAGCUAAAAAUGCCAUGAAACAAUUAAAUAAUUAUGAAAUAAGGAAUGGAAGACUUCUGGGAGUAUGUGCAAGUGUGGAUAACUGCCGCCUCUUUGUUGGCGGUAUCCCUAAAACUAAGAAGCGGGACGAGAUUUUAGCAGAAAUGCGGAAAGUGACAGAUGGAGUAGUUGAUGUAAUAGUAUAUCCCAGUGCGGCUGACAAAACAAAGAACAGAGGAUUCGCUUUUGUGGAGUAUGAAAGCCAUCGAGCUGCAGCCAUGGCCAGGAGGAAACUUCUUCCAGGGAGGAUCCAGCUGUGGGGACAUGCCAUCGCCGUUGACUGGGCCGAGCCAGAGGUCGAAGUGGAUGAGGACACUAUGGCCACAGUUAAAAUCCUGUACGUGCGGAACCUAAUGUUGUCAACCACAGAGGAGACGAUAGAGAAAGAAUUUAAUAGUCUGAAGCCAGGUGCUGUUGAAAGAGUGAAGAAGAUACGAGACUAUGCUUUUGUCCACUUUACUGAAAGAGAGGAUGCAGUCAAUGCCAUGAAUGCAUUGAAUGGAAAGCUGGUGGACGGAUCCCCGAUAGAGGUGUCCUUAGCCAAGCCUGUGGACAAGGACAGUUACGUGCGCUACACCAGAGGCACAGGCGGCCGGGGUGCGCUGCUGCAGGGGGAGUACGCCUACACGCUGGGCCAGGUGUACGACCCCACUGCCGCCUACCUGGGGGCGCCGGUGUUCUACGCGCCGCAGGCUUACGCAGCCUUUCCCAGCCAGCUCCGUUUCCCGGCGGCCAAGGGCCAUGUCGGCGCCCGCGGCAUCGUGCGCAGCCCCUCGAUCAGAGAAAUUUACAUGAAUGUACCUGUAGGGGCUGCGGGAGUCCGUGGGAUGGGUGGACGUGGCUAUCUUGCUUACGCAGGUAUUGGCCGAAGCUACACAGGAUACCAGCUUAAGGGAGACAAGAGAGCUGAAGAUAAAUUUUAUGACCUCCUGCCUGGGAUGGAGCUCACGCCUAUGAACCCUGUAACCUUGAAACCUCAGGGAAUCAAACACGCUCCACAGAUCUUGGAGGAUAUCUGCCAGAAGAAUAACUGGGGGCAGCCGGUUUACCAGCUUCAUUCCGCCAUUGGACCAGACCAGAGGCAGCUGUUCUUAUACAAAGUCACUAUCCCUGCUCUCGCCACCCAGUACCCCAAUGUGCACCCAUUCACACCGGCCAAGCUGAGCCCAUCUGUGGAUGAAGCCAAAGUGCACGCUGCAGAGCAUGCCCUGCAGAUCCUGGGCCUACAGACAGAGGGCGCUGAGGCCUCCGCAGCAGCAGCUUUCCCAGGGUAUACAAUAGCAAACACCACUGCCACUGUGGCGGCCACCCAGCUCAAACAGGCAGUGUCACUGGGACAGGACCUCGCAGCAUAUGCAACUUACGAGGCCUACCCAGCCUUCGCCGUGGCAACGCAGGGAGAUGGCUAUGGUGUUUUCUGAGUCAGCACUAGGUCAUGGCCUCUCGCCUAGUGAUUCAAUCUAUGCCAUAUUGAUUUCAAUUUAAAUUUAAGAUUUGCUUUGAUUCUGAUGAUCGAUUUAGUACUGUAGUUGAAAGCCUUAGUUAAAGUGAUAGAUAAUUACAUGAAAUAUGUGGGUGAUGACAAUAAAAUUAUUUAAUCUGUUUUUUAAAUGCAUUAUCCUGCCUUAUCUCAGGAAUGGGUUUGCUUGUACAAGAUGUUUACAAAACCACAUCCCUUCCUAUUAUUUUUCUUUUUUGUUCUUGCCUUCUGUUUUUGUCCUUUUGUUGUUGCGGUGUUAAGAUAAGCGCUGAUCUUUCCAUUAGUGAAACCUCAGCAGUACCACUGUCUUAUGUGUUGUCUAUUCCAAGUGGAAAAGGGAAACAUGAUUCAAUUUAGAUUUGAACUCACGCAAACAGGCAAGUUUUCUCUUGGAGCUAGAUGUAGUGGCUCCAGUAGCCUUAAAAAAUAGACACUUUGACUGCCACUCGACUUUGAGCGAAAAUGAAAUAUAACAGCCUCUCGCUGAUGCAUCACAAAAUACAAAAUGUCAAGGCUUUGUUGUUUCCCAGGGCAAAGCUGUCUCUAUCAGGCAGCUGAACAAGGUACUAAAGCUGCAAUCGGCCCAUGUCUCAGUGUACUUCAGUAUCGUCUCAAGAACAACAUCCACAAAAUGCAGCACUGCCUUCUAUUUGUAAAUACAAAUAGUUCCAAACUUACAAAGAGGAAGUGUUUUUUUUCUGAAUCCCUUUUUCUAUCUUUACAUUGUUUUAAACUGAUUUCAUCAUAUGUGCACCAAGACACCAAAGACUUUCUUUCAAAAUGCAGAGAGACCGUGAGUAAUGGACUUCCAAGAAAAUGGCCUCUUUUUACUGUCUGAUAUAUUUAUAGAACGUUGAAGCUUAUAUUGCUAUACUUUAUGUUUAGGUUAUUUCUCAGUAUUUACCAAACACAUAAUGCUUGUAUGACUUCUUUUUUUGGUGGACGUGAAGGGGAAAAUGGAACAAACCCAUAAGCUGGAAAACUUAAACUGUCCAUGAAAUGACUGGUUUUCUGUUAGAGCAACACUUCACAGCCACAAAGGUUUCUGUGUGCCAACCCAAAUUGCUAAAUCUGUCAUAGAGCCUUUCCCUUCAGGCUCGGGAACCGAGGAUCUCACCCACAGUGAUUAAACCAAUCAGUUUAUCAGAUUUUUUGAGAGUUAAUGGCAGAAGUUGGAUGAUUUCUUAGAAAGUUCAGUUGGGUCCACAGAUUGGCAAAAAGAUCAUGAAGUGAGACAAACUUGUUACAUGAUUACUGCAGCAACAGAACUAAUCCUGGGCAUGUGCAGUUUAGUUAAAACCAAAAGAAAGGAGAAGUAAACAUGUACUGUUGUUUCAUAUGAAGUGUAAAAAGCCAGAGCAGUGACAGUAACAGUAUUAAAGUGUGAAUAAAGCACUUAAAACUUAUUUUUGUACUAGAAAUGCAAGAUUAUUUGUAUAGAGUUCUAUUCUUUUGGAUAUAUAAAUAGAAAUAUCCUAUUCAACAUUCCACAAUUAUUCAUCUGAAAAAUAAAAUCAUUGAGGGAAAAAAUUAAACAUGAAUGGGAAAUUUUGAAAAACAGUUUCAUUGUGGUAUGAAUCUUGGAGAAUUGCUUAGAUAAUUGUAAUGUGCCAUGUAUAUUUUUCCUAAAUAUGAAUAAAGUGUUAUACUGUACAAAA